UGCCAAUCCAUAUUUCUGAUGACGUGGCAUUUCCUCAGCUACGGAUUUUUCCUGGAUUUGACUCGAUCAUGAUAAUUCGCGGAUUGAAAGCAUUUUUCUGAAGUCCUCCCAUAAAACCAGAGGCCGGAAGCUGUAAAUUCCGACGGAUGAGCGGAUUCCGAUCAUCGUAGGGCCGAUCAAAAUGAUAGCAAUCGAGUCCCCAGCUUACCUGCCGCCUCAAUUUUUCUGUAAAUCUCAAGCUUCGUCAAGUACCGUGAGCCAGUAUCUCAGCAGUUCACAGUCCCAUGGCCAUGGCAGCAUUUUCAAGCAGCACAAGCUGUGCUUCUUCAAAACACCGAUUAAGUACUCAUUUUCCUUCGACACUCGGAGGAUAAACUGUAAACAUACCGGUGUUUCUGCUUUUAUCUGUCGUUCCUCAUUGGCUUCGCCGCAAAUUGAUCAGGAGGAUGAUCGGAAGAAGGUUCCUGAUGUUCAAUCGUUGGUGAGAAGGUUCUGGAAAGUGGCUGAGCCGUACUGGUUUUCCGAUGAUAAGGUUGGGGCGCGGUGGAGACUGGCGGCGGUUUUUGCUCUCACGCUGGGGACCACUGGAAUCAGCGUCGGCUUCAAUUUCCUCGGACGAGAUUUUUUUAACGCGGUGCUUUAUUGUUGUGGCUUCGGAUUCAUGGAAGACAAGGAUCAAGAGCAGUUCACAAAGCAAUUACUAUACUACUUGGCAAGUUUUGCUGGUGGAAUUCCGGUUUUUGUAUUGCGAGAUUAUGCAAAAGACACUCUUUCUUUACGAUGGAGAUCUUGGAUGACAAGCUAUUACAUGGACCGCUAUCUGAAAAACCGAACCUUUUACAAGAUACAAUCCCAGUCAAUCAUUGAUAACCCUGAUCAGCGGAUUGUUGAUGAUCUAAGUUCUUUCACAGGAACUGCUCUUGCGUUUUCCCUGACGCUCUUCAAUGCGACUGUAGACUUGAUAUCUUUCAGUAACAUUUUGUAUGGUAUUUAUCCACCACUUUUUCUCGUACUUCUUGGAUACUCAUUUGGUGGAACAGCUAUCAGUGUAUACCUUGGGAGGGGAUUGGUGAAUUUGAACUUCUUGCAAGAGAAAAAAGAAGCAGAUUUUCGAUAUGGUCUUGUGCGUGUGAGAGAAAAUGCAGAAUCCAUUGCCUUCUAUGAUGGAGAGGAAAAUGAGAUGCAACUACUGCUGCAGCGGUUCAGUAGUGCUUUUGACAAUCUUAGUAAAUUGUUGAUAUCUUCCAGAAACCUGGAUUUCUUCACCAGCGGCUACCGAUACCUGAUUCAGAUUCUUCCUGCAGCAGUUGUUGCACCCAUGUACUUCUCUGGAAAAAUUGAAUUUGGAGUAAUAAAUCAGUCUAUGUCGGCUUUUAAUCACAUACUCGGAGAUUUUUCCCUCAUCGUGUACCAAUUUCAGGCCAUCAGUGCCUUUUCUGCUGUCAUUGAUCGACUAGGUGAAUUUGAUGAUCUUUUAACUAGUAACAAAACCAGUACAGACGGUGAACCUGUGGAACAAAUCCAUCGUGAAUUUUGCAAUCCAAACAUUUCACAAAUGUGUAAUGGAGCUGUGCCACUCAAAGGCGAUUCAAAAUUGCUCUCAAUUGAGUAUUUGACCCUGUUGACUCCAAGUAAAGCUACUCUUAUAAGGGACUUGACAUUGGAGAUCUGUGAGAAGGACCAUUUGCUGAUUACAGGACCAAGUGGAAGUGGUAAAACCUCAUUGCUGAGAGCUUUAGCUGGACUGUGGAGCUUCGGAAGGGGAACAAUAAGAUUCUAUAACAAAACUACAAGGGAUACUUUGCCACACCUUUCUGAAAAUGCAGCUUCACCUAAAGCAACUUCGCGAUAUGGGCCCGAACCUGACCAACUGAAUAAGAAUAACUCAAGAGAUGUAUUCUUCCUUCCUCAAAAACCAUACAUGGUUUUGGGAACGUUACGCCAACAAUUGCUUUAUCCUACUUGGAGUGACAAACCAGUACCCGUGUCGGAUGGUGAUACUUCGAAUGGUUCGCUGCCUUUCCUGACCCGAAAGAGAGACAAUUAUUCAAGACCUGUGAAGCCAACAACUGAUGAUUUAGUCCAAGUUCUCGAAGAUGUUCGCCUUAGCUACAUAUUAUCACGAUUUGACCUAGAUUCUAUGUAUGAAUGGUCUAGUGUUCUAUCUAUUGGUGAGCAGCAACGCCUAGCAUUUGCACGCUUGUUGCUCUCGAGACCUAACUUGGCCCUGCUAGAUGAGUCGACAAGCGCUUUAGAUGAAACCAAUGAGGCUCAUUUGUAUAAGCUGAUUGAAGCUGCUGGGAUUAGUUACGUGAGCAUAGGCCAUAGACGAACACUAUACGAACACCAUAAAAACGUGCUCCACAUAUCUCCUGUGGACCCCACGGGUGAACCCCUAAAUUGGCUCGUCGAGCCCAUUACUAAUAAUGUGUCAGCAUACAAUUUAUCGAAGCAGUAGAUACAAACUUGAACAGGUUCGAGGUAUAUUUUGCAAUUUGCACCGGUUUCUAAUGUGUGGGGGAGGGUUGUGUAAUUAACAUGAAAGAACAGGGUGCAUAAUGCAAAUACCAACUUUUUGAGCUCUGAAUUGCAUUUUACCCUGAUCAUGAGCAUUUAUUGCAUGGGUGACAAAACAAUCAAUUAAAAGCUGUUUUUGUGUGAUUUGUAUAUAUGUAACAUGUGAGCUGUGAGUCUGUGACCUUUUAUUGGUAAGCAUGCAUUUGAAGAAUUUUAUAAGAGAAUAGAAGUUUCUGUUCACUCUGAUCAAUUAUGGGAUCUUUCAAAUUAUAUCUUCUCACUGAUUGUGAUGCAAUUUUCAUUAAUUGCAGCAACUUCAUUAAGCUGCAUUGUAUUAAUUAAUACAGGAAAAAAGUGAUCGUGAAGGCGACGGCACCACCAGUGCUAGUACUAGGUUAGUCUUUCUUUAAGGUAUUUACUCACCUUAUUGAUUGUAUAGUGGGUUAUUACAUGUAACCCCUGAGGUUUGACUUAUUUAUAAAAGAGUAAGAAAACUAGUAGGCCGGUUUUGAUCAUUUGUCUAAUUUAAACAAAUGAUUUAAAUAUUCACAAUGAAUUGCAAUUCUUU